GCUCGGCUGGGAAGGAGCUUCAUCUCCUCUGUGUUCAUACGUACUGCGAGCCGGUGUUAUUAAAACUGCGACAUCCUAUGGAGAUGAAAACUAAUUCACCGGGCCAGGCGGAUUUGGAUCGCAUUAGCUGGGAUGAAAUGUCAUCUCAGAAGGAUUUGGAGAAGGCACUGGAGGACUGCACAGCUUCCCUGCAUCUUUUUCUGAACAACAGGUUUGGGGAUGCUCUGGCUAUUUUAGAACCUGGGAAGAAUCAUAGUAUGUACCAUGCAAUGGGUUACAGUAGCAUCUUGAUGAUGCAGGCUGCCAUGACCUUUGACCCAAAGGACAUGGACGCUGCCAUGACUGCGCUGAGGGAAGCCCUGCACACCUGCCAGAGAUUUCGAAAGAAAACUGGACUAAUGGAAAGCUUGGCCAACUUGUGGCAUGGACAAGCAGAUGACAACCUAACAGAAGAACAGAUGCAUGCAGAGCUAUGCUAUGCCGACGUUAUGAUGCAGAAAGCUGCGCUCACAUUUCUGGAUGAAAGUAUAAUCAGCUUCAUCAAAGGAGGAAUGGGAAUGCGACACAGUUACAUGAUUUACAAGAAUUGCCAAGCUAUGGAAAAUUCCAUAAAAGAAGAGGAUAAACAGAGGCGUACACAUGUGCAUUUUCGAGGCGGGGUCAGCAUGGGCAUUGGAUCGUUUAAUCUGAUGCUGUCUCUGCUUCCAUCCAGAGUCCUGAGACUGAUGGAGUUUCUGGGCUUCUCUGGAGACAGGGAACUGGGUUUGCAAGAGUUGAGGGAGGGAGCAGCGAGCAAUAGCCUGAGAUCCAUCCUCAGCACAAUGACUCUGUUGAUGUUUCACCUCUAUACCACAGUGAUACUCGGUAUUGGUGAUGGAAACCUCACUGAGGCUGAAGCUCUGCUAAAACCCUAUAAUGAGAGGUUCCCCAAUGGAGCUCUCAUGCUUUUCUACACUGCAAGAAUUGCUGUACUCAAGGGCAAUUUUACAUUUGCCCAGGAGAAGUUUCUGGCAUGUAUUGCAACUCAGGAAGAGUGGCGUCAGAUUCACCACCUAUGCUACUGGGAGUUGAUGUGGACUUACUCCUUUGAACAAAACUGGAUAGAAGCAUAUCGAUACGCUAACCUGCUCUGCAAAGAGAACAAAUGGUCCCAGGCCACUUAUGCAUUUCAGAAAGCUGCCAUCUUGAGCAUGCUCCCAGAGGAAGAGGUGACUAAACUGGGAGAAAAUGUUGUGGCAUUGUUCAGGCAGGUGGAAGGUCUCAGAUUAAGAAUUGCGGGCAAAUCGAUUCCAACUGAGAAGUUUGCUGCAAAGAAGGCUCAGAGAUACUCUUCCCCCAACCCUGUGAAACUUGUCGUCCCUGCGUUGGAAAUGAUGUACGUGUGGAAUGGCUUCGCAGUAGUAGGCAAAAGGCCUGAUCUGACUGAAAGCAUCUUGUUCACUCUAGAGAAAGCAGAGGAGCAGCUUGGAAAUGAUUCUGCUCCAUCAGAGUAUCACCUGGAUGACUGCUGUGUUAUCCAGCUGCUGAAGGGUCUAUGUCUAAGAGAGCUGGGGCGCCUGGUCCAGGCUGAGACCUGCUUCAAGCAAGUCAUUUCCAGUGAAAAUAACAUCAAACAUGACAACUAUCUGGUGCCAUAUACUAUGUAUGAACUGGGACUUUUGCACAAGCAAAGAGGUGACAUCAACAAGGCAAUCACAGUCAUAGAAAAUGCCAAGAUGAACUACAAAAACUACAGUAUGGAGUCAAGGCUACACUUCCGCAUCCACGCAGCACUUAACACCAUGGGCUCUUUUGAAGCCAAACUUCCUCCUUCACGUACGCCAGCUUAAAAGAAACCGUGGCAGCAAACUGAAGAGGGGGUCUCGACACUCUUUGCUGCUUUCUGCUUUGAAUGCAUUUCAGGUCCUCAUCAACCCUCUAGUCCUCACUUCAUUUGUAUGUCAGAGCUGAGCUCUGAGAUGAAUUUAUGAAAAUCUUAUUUUUAUUUUUUAUUAUAUUAUAUAU